AUGCCACAAGAACCCAAGCCAAAGUCGAGCCCCGAAGGCCACCUGCCGGGGCUGCAGCAGGCCUUCCGGCACUACGAGCUGCACGGCGACGGCAAGAUAUCCGUGCUCCUUCUGGGGGACUGCCUGCGGGCGAUGGGGGCCAAUCCGCCGGAGUCGCUGGUGCAGCGGCACGUCCGCAAGCUGCAGGCGGCGUCCAUCGAGCGGCUGUCCUUCGAGCUGGUGCUCGGCAUCUACUUCGGGCUGGGCGAGAACUCGGGCAUCGUGGCCCCCGGCCAGGCCAGGGGCAAGGCCGAGGAGUACAUCUGCAGCCUGCGGUUGCUGGACGAGCAGGGCACGGGCUUCCUGCCCGCCGGGAGACUGCGCCGCCUGCUCACCGAAUGCGGCGAGCCCCUGUCCGAGGAGGAGGUGGCGGGGCUCCUCAAGGACCGGGUCAACGAUCAGGGCCUGGUCAACUAUGUGGAUCUGAUGCAUGCCAUUCUGUCCUAG